AUGCAGAAUACCCUGGGACCGGCUUGCAUCUUUCUGCGCAAGGGCAUUGCUGAGAAGCAUGGGGAGCGGGAACUGGGUGCAGAUGAGAUUGAAGAGCUCCGAGAGGCCUUUGAGGAGUUUGACAAGGACAAAGAUGGUUAUAUCAGCUGCAAAGACUUGGGCAACCUCAUGAGGACGAUGGGGUACAUGCCAACGGAGAUGGAGCUCAUAGAGCUGUCUCAGCAGAUCAACAUGAAUCUUGGGGGACGUGUGGAUUUCGAGGACUUUGUGGAAAUGAUGACCCCAAAGCUGCUGGCAGAGACUGCAGGCAUGAUUGGACUUCAGGAGAUGAGGGAUGCUUUCAAGGAGUUUGACACAAAUGGAGAUGGAGAGAUCACUUUGGAUGAGUUGUAUCAAGCCAUGCAGCGGCUGAUGGGGGAACGCCUGACCCCCAGAGAGAUUGCCGAUGUGGUGAAGGAAGCAGAUGUCAACGGAGAUGGGACUGUGGAUUUUGAGGAGUUUGUGAGGAUGAUGUCCCGCUGA